GACAAUGGAUAUGGAUUAGGUUAUCAGUGUUUUUCGUUCAGUUCGUGUACUCAUAGUGAGUACCGACCUAUCAUCUUCCUAGAAGCUGCAAUGGUCUACUUUAGCCAGUUACUUUUAUGGUUCAUGGUGUUCGUACUUUUCCCGGCAGUACCAGCAAUAGAGUGCAACACAGCACAAAUAUACGCAUUUCGGGCCCCAGGCAUCAACUAUUUCGCGAUAGAUUGUUCUGAUCCAAAUCAUGUCAGAAUUCAACACUAUAACGCCAAUCUCGCAGCACAGAGGUGGACGAUUCAAUGUGGAAGUACUACGAACUUGUUUUAUCUAGUUAAUGUUAUUAAUGGGUAUGUGUUGAAUGUAAAUCGUACAGCACCUCACUACGCUAUAGUGUCUGAAAAAGACGGUUCACUAUGGCAACAGUGGGAAAUCCCUUCGGACACUUUUGUCAAUGAGGCUAUAAGAAGUUCUCUGGCUAUUAAUGGUAGUUCCAGUACGGCCGGACCAGCACUUUUUCUUUCUACAGCUGCACAAAUUUGGGAAUUUAUAAAACUGUAAAACUGACUACAGAAUAUGUACAAGCAAUGUAUAGAACGAAAAAAAAAAAAAAGUAAAAUAUUGCAAGUAAGUGAUUUGAUCUUA